CAGUCGACCAACUGCCGCCGCCGCCUCAUUCGGGAUUUCAAGAGGCUGUCGACCGAGCCUCCAGAAGGGAUCUCGGGGAGCCCCUGCCCAGAUAACAUCAUGCUUUGGAAUGCCGUCAUCUUCGGACCUGGAGAUACGCCGUUCGAGGACGGAACGUUUAAGCUGACGUUAACGUUCGACGAGUCGUACCCCAACAAGCCGCCGACAGUCAAGUUCCUGUCGCGGAUGUUCCAUCCGAACGUGUACGCGAACGGGGAGCUUUGUCUGGACAUCCUUCAGAACCGGUGGUCGCCGACAUACGAUGUAGCGGCGAUUCUGACGUCGAUCCAGUCGCUGCUGCACGACCCGAACCCGAACAGUCCUGCGAACGCGGAGGCAGCGCAGCUCUACCGGGAGAACAUGAAGGAGUAUGUUCGGCGAGUGCGCGCGACAGUGGAGGACAGUUGGCUGGACCCCGACGAGCAGGCGGCGAUGGACCAGGACCCCGCUGGUGGACAAGCGUAG